CUGUAGCCAAUCAGCAGACUCAGGACCCCCUGACAUUCAAGAUGGCACCAUGGCCUGAACAAGGCAACGAACCCAAGGCACCUGAUAAAUCGUGUAGUAAAGGUGGCGACAGCAGUUUAUCGGACUCAGCGAAAGUUAUCUCAGGGACAACGGAGGACGUUGAAGCGACUGACACUGCAAAUAAAACCGACUACAAACAGCCAGAAGACAAGAACCCUGAUGUGUCCAACUUGGACGAUGGUCAAUUGAAGGCACUCCUGGAUGAAGCUAUCACAUACAAGCGCCCUAAAGAUCGUGAGGGAAAGAGUGACUUGUUCAGGGAACUGCUGCAGGAGGCUGAAGCAGACGAAACUGAGUGUGGUGACAGACAUAGGGUUGGGGCUGAUGCCAUUCCAGAACAGGUAGUUUCAGCGAGUGGCUCCCGCUGUUACAGUAAUAGCAACAAACGACGCGGGCGUCGGGAUACAGCGGUAUCAGAACAUCAAACUCAUGGAGGCUCUCUACAGAACCUAGUUUAUGACAUUAAUUCUGAAUUUGACACUUCAGGGUUCGGCUACUUCAGUCAGUCAAGUGGGCACUCAGGUGGUGUAGGCAGGAGGAAAUCAAAACGGGGUAACAGCGGUCGAGACUACUGUGUAAGUGUGAGUGCCCGACAGCGUGAAGGUGGUUCGCUACCCAGUAAUGUAAAUGUGGGUGGGGCUAGUGGAGGAAUGCUCACAUUGAGUGGGCUUGAAUUCCCUCCCACUGCGCCUCUCUCCUCGGCAGCCACUGCUGCCCUACUAUUUGAUGACGCUCGAGGAUACAUAAGUAAGCAAAAUAAACCACGAAAGGAACUAGGACAUACAGUAUCAGCGAAUGAAUUCACAACCGCAAUGCCAGUUCACUCUUCUGCCAACGUCUCUUAUCAGACUGGAGGUGAAGCUCCGAACAAUGUGUCGAAAACGGAAUUCAUGGUUGUUGAUCUUAGAGACUUGGGUAAGAAUGGACAGGAGACAAAGACCAGUGGUGUGGUGGUGGGGGAAAGUGCGGUGGAAGGUGGAAGUGGCACAGGGAGUCUAAGUGGUGGUGAGGGUGGGAAGGUGCUUGGUGGUGAUUUAUGCAACAGUGGUAUGGAUGAGGAAGUGGGCAUUGAGAUGGAGGUGAUUCAGAGGAGCGAGGCAACUCGAGUUCCUAACUACACCAGUCGUGCCACGUUAGAGGUUGGUCUUGGUGGUGACUGCAGUACCAAGAAUAAGAACCUGACUGAUGGUGGAGAUGUUGACACCACUGUUGCAUUCCCACUAGGAAUCAUACAGUGUGAGAAACGUAGUGGUGUAGUGAAUGGUGUGGAGCAGAGUACCCUGCAACUUCCGUCUUCCUACAACUCUGUGAAGUGCAUUGUGGGUUCAACCAGUAACAGUAAUCGUGAGGACAGGAAUAGCGGUGCCACCAAAGGGAGUGAUGUUCUCAUGAAGCAGCACCCUGGUAGCUACAGUGGAGCAGAGGCAAUCAAGAGUGCGGCAGCAGCAGGCAGCAUGCUGCACAGCAUGUACCCCAUGCAACAUGUGAGCGUUCUGUCAAUACCUCCUACCAGGUGGAUAGCAACUUCGCUUGGCACAGGUGAUGAUGAUAAGCAAGUGGAGAACAAAAAGCACCAUGGCAGGAGGCAGCAGCUGGAUGGAGGUAGUAGUCUGAUUGAAACCCGAGACACCCCUAUGUAUGGGAGUAUCCCGUUAACACAUGGGAGGAAUUUUUUUGGGUUUACAUUUAUGGACCUUAGUGAAACAGUAAGCAGAUUAACCUUCCAUGGAAGCAAAGACACAAGUGGGGAUGGAAAGAACAAGUCCUAUGAUGAGAAUGGCAAUGCUGUCCAACAGAAUUACCGCCUUGAAUCUACCAACAGUAAUGACCGCAAGAGCAAGCAGCGCAGGAUGAAGACAAACAAUGACCGCAAUGUAAUAAUGUCUCAGAACAUUGAAGGGUAUCGUGGUGACAAGGACAUCGAAAGUUUAAUUGAGUUUAUUGAGUCAAACAAAGAGAGCAAGGGGAAAACAAAGAACAACUCUGCCCAUAGCAAUGGGACAGUAGGCUUUGGCAACAAACAGCAGCGGAAUAAUGUGCGAAGAGAAGAAGUUGUUACUGGGACUAAGGCUCGGCGAGAGCGAGCUAUUGAAGAUGGUCAGGAUGAGGAGAAAGCAUCUGGUAAGAACAGAAUUGGGGGUAAACAGAGUUCCAAGGAUCAUAGAGGGAGUGAUAAAGUUGGUGGUGAUGUUGGUAGUUCAGGACAGAUGAAAAAAUCCAACAGUUUAGAGGAGAUCUCCAAAACGAAGUUGGAGGACUUGACAGCAGAACAGGUUGGCACCAGCUCAGCAUCUGACUCUUUGACUUUCUCAGCACAAGUGACUCUGCGGCGACCAAAGAAGCAAGCAACAUUAGACGACGAUGAAUUGUACGGUGAGAAAGGCGAAACACCUGAUCAUACGUUAUGGGGUACAGAAGACAUACCACAGUACUUCAGCAAUGAUGGGUCAGCCACUGCAUCAGCUGAUGAGAGUGGCCCAGUGGCUGCUAGUGGUCGAAAGCGACGAGGAAUUGUGGAUGAAAAGAGGAAGCCUGAAGAUGGAGUCCCAGCUGUUGUUGUGUCGGCUGCUGCAUCUGAAGAAACAGAGUUUCACGUGGUGACGAAAAAGCAGAGACGCAAGAAGAAACGUAGUAGCAGUGGUAGUCGUGCUGGUAGCAGUGCUGGUGGACAUGGCGGUCUUUUUGGUGAUGAGAAUAGACGUCCAGCUGUGUCACAGUAUGGACACUCAUACUACCAAAACAGAGGGGAUUCUCAACGCAAGGGCUUUGUACCUGGAAGUGGCUUUCCCCCACAUGACCGUACAGUAGAGCGUGAAGGGGGCAGUGUUAUGCUAUAUCAGUAUAAUCGUUCUCGAUCACCUGAGCAUCUUCGCCGCAAGUCAACAUCCAGCAUGCCUCCAUCGGACAAGUCAGACAGCAGUGAUCUCGAUAGCGUGCACUCCCUCCCUGUGUCUUCUACAACUCCUAAAUUGGCCCUGGAUCAGACCUCCACAUCUAGUGGAUCAACACCACAAGCUUCAUAUGCUGACAUCACCCGGAUGGCAUCUUCAAAUGUGAAUUCCCCUUCCAGCACGCAGGGAAGCUGCAACAUCGGUGCAGGAAAAUGGCCCACGAUGACUACAACCAAAAGUCAGGCAGUUUCUCCACCAGCCACCAGUACCUGUACCUCUACCACUACCACUACCACUACAACCACAACCAUUUCCUCUACGGUCAUUUCUUCCGCUAAUAUUACAGUCUCUAGUGCUUGCAUCAAUACUAGUACAACCUCAGUCCCUGCAGUAGCUACACCUCUUGCCUUGAACAAUCCGCAGUUCAUUACUGGGCCAAAACUCAAUAUUGGAGUUCCUCCUGUCAGUGGAUCCAAGGCAACUGUAUCCACUUCAGCCAACCCUAGUAAUAAUGUGACCUGUACUAGUAGCAGUAAUUCUGUGCCCCAAUCUAAUUCUCUCACUUCAGUUACCUCAAGUGAUGCAGCAUCAUCAUCGUCAACAGUGGCUUUGAAUCAGAAUCCUGAGUCUUCAUGUAAUCCUGCUGUAUCUUCUAGACAUAGAAACAAUCCCCCUUUGCCUGAUCCCCGUACUAAGAAAGAUGCUAUGACGAGCACGACUUUAGACUAUAAACUGAUUCCUGUGGAAGAAUAUAACCCAAGUCAUAGGCUACAAGCUGCAGUUAAUAAACCUACUGAGCACCUGCCCCCCUCUCCAAAUGUAAUAAUGGACAGCUACUACCCUUCAUUGGAAGAGAGUUUGGUUGCAGACAAAGUGGACCGUAAGCCAGGCAGGUGUAGUAAUCCCUGUAGUACUUCCAGCAGGUUACCUGCAGAAGAAACCCCCUCCACUACUGUAGCCCCUUUUAAUGUCAGUGCUUCAGAACCUGAGAACUGUGGUAAGGGACCCAGACAUGUAGAUAUUUGUAGUGAAAUAAGAGUGAAGCAGCAACCUUUAGAAGCAUCUGUGAUAGCUCCAAGAAGCAGCUUGUGCUCUGCUGGGGAACCAGUUGCCCCAGAAGUGUCGGUUGCUAGUGCUCCUACUGUGAUGUCAUCAAACUUGAACCGAUCAAAGGAGGCAAUGUUUAGGUCAAAAGGUAGUAGUAGAAAAGUUUCUUCUGCUAGCAGCAUUGUUGAGGCAUCAUCUUCAGUUCGUCCACCAGUCAUCAUAAUGGAUGAACAAGAGCAGGAAGCUGCUUUCAGGGAAAAUGUAGGAACAGUUAGUGAAUUGACUUUUGGGUUUGAAGUAAACGAACAGCUGCUGCUCUCAGAUGCUGAUGAGAACUCACGAUCUGCCAGUGCUGAACCACCCGGUGCUGUGGAGGAAGCGGUAGUUAGCAUAAGCCCAGUAACUGGAAGCAUAACAUCAGAUGUGCCAUUGCCAGAGGAGACUACGACUAUGGUGCCCACCAUCAGCAUCAGUGCUAGCGAAGAUUUCUCUGCCCGGUAUCGUGAGCCACCUACGCAACAGGCUGACAACCAUGAUCUAAUUGUUGCAUUUGUUGGACAAGCCUGGGAAGAUGUGAUGAAGGAGAUGAGUGCCUCUCUCUCGCAAGCAGGUGGCAAAGUUCAGUACUACAGUGGUCAGUGAAAAUGGCUUUGAAGGAUACUGUCUUGCUCUUCUUCCUUUUUGCAUUUUGCAGAUAUUUAAUUUCUUCAGAGGGGGGAGCAGUGCUUCAAAUGUGAUUUGCAUUUAUAUUUUGUGAGUAGUAAGCUUUGAAAAUUUAUAAAAAGAGUUGUUCAUAUUACAUGGUGAGGAAGUACGUAAAAAUAGUGAACGUUUUAUCUUUUCCAAGAGAUAAAAAAUGUGUAUGAAACAUUUGCGCGAACGUAAAAACGUGAAAUAAAAAGUGGUGGCCACCUGAAUAUGGAAAGUGAACCAUCAUUGCUUUAAAUUUAGCCAAAGGCAUCACAGAUCUUGCGAACAGUGUGAUGAGAUUGGCUCGUGCUAAUCCAGUCUUGCUUUGAAAACACAUAUUUUGUGAAGUAAUAGUGGCACAAGCAGGCAUCGCUUCUCGAGAUUUUAUGCUCGACAAUAAUGUGGAAUUAAGCGUGAACUAUAGCAGAAGUUGUUGGCUCAUUAACUGCACAUGGUGUUUUGGUCUGUAAUGUGAUAUUACAUUGGCAGUGAGUGUGUCGGUUGUUGAAAUUUAUGGUACUGUUCCUUGUUUCUGAUAGAAGUGCUGACAAUUCUUGAUCUCGAGGGGGGGAAGUAGUCACUACAGAAUAAUAACUGUACUGAUUGUUGACUGGUAUUAGGAAGAUAUGUGAAUGGUUUGUUUUUGAAAACAAUUUAAUUGGAAGAAAUUAGUUUCUUCUGUGGCAGGGUAAUAUGUAUUGUUGGGGAGGGCACCAUGGAACACCCGAGGUAUGAACAAGGGAACCCCCCUUCCAUAUUCAUUUGAAUCACAUCACCACCAUUUGUGCAUCUACAUACACACAAAAUGAUGAUAAAGCAAGAACUGAAGCCUAAUUUUAAGGUGACAACUUUUAUUUCAGAAAAAAAAGUUGCUUACUUGCAUUGUUUAUUUUUGUUGCAGGAAAUAGAAUGUGACAUGGACUUUUUCAGUCAGUCAAUAAUGGAAGUAUUGCUUUCAAACUAAUAAAAAAUCAGGUUAAAAAAUGAAAAAAAAAGUCCUUCCCAACCUUCCCCCCCCAAAAAAAAAAGAAAGAAAGAAAGAAAGAAAGAAAGAGCUGAAUUGCAGCUGUUAACAUUUGCUGUGGUAUAUUGUAUCUGCUUGCCAUAUUGUGGUAUAGCAUCUAUUUGUGUUGUUAGUCCAGCAGCUGGAAGCAUUACUGUCAACUCGUAUCUUCAAACAGUUGCAGCAUAAUACAACUUUUUUCACUUUGCAGUCUACCACAAUAAAUGUUUAUUGAAGGUUUGAGUAGUUCCAGUGCUGAGAAGCAUCUGAGGCUUUGUCAUCAUGGAUAUUUGCAUGGCUUUGUCUAAAAGUAAUAUGUACUAGGAUUUUUAUUUCUUAACAUUUUGUGGGGCCAUGUGGCAACACUGGCUGCUCUUACACUUUAUGCAUCUUCAAGUUUAGAAUGCAGUCAUGAGGAAUUAACAUGAAGUAAGCAACCGACAUCAAAAUGGAGUAGAUCCCAAAUUGUGUGAGAUUGUGGUUUGGAAGUUUUGUGCCCCUAUCCACCUGAUCAAUUGUUAAGUGUUACUCUCUCUCUUGAGUUGUCCUUUAUAAUAUAUUUGUUUGUCUUCAGUGUGUUUGCUAAGUCAUAUCGAAACAGUAAGUUUCUAAAGGAGGAAACUUAAUGAAAAGAUGCAUAAAGAUAUGUUUCAAUGAAAAGAACUGUGAAAUAGUAUUUCUUUUUCACUGAUAACAGAAAACAGUAAUUAUGAUGAUGGCUAUAAAAAUAUAUAGUUUUGGUCAUUUUCAGAUUGUAAUUUGGUAACUAGUCUGGAAACAAAUUAUCACUAACAAAUUGAGACACACUGCAUUUGUGUUGCAUAAUUGGUUUACCCAUGCAUUAAAAAGUUAUAUUUGUUAUAUAAUUGUAUAAUAAUGUAGUCUUGAAUAAGAGUACAAAGUUUUGACACUUGUGUGCUGAAUUAUCAGUUUUCUUGAAUUACAGAGACAUGUAAAAAGAAGCUAUGUUCUUUAUAAAGUUAAUUUGUUGAGAGUAAGACACUUAAGUGGUUGAAACCAUGUAACAGGCUUUUUUUGCCAUUGUCUUUGUAAGUCAUUUUAGUUGUAGCAAUCCUGUUAAUACUUCAGCCAGAGGACACGGUUAUUUUCCCCUCAGUAUGAUUGGGUAUCAAGAGGGGAGGGAGAAGGGGGGAGAGAUUUUGUGUGUGUGUGUGUGCAUGUGUGCGUGUUGUAUUUCACAGUUUUCAUAACACUGUAUUGAGAAUUCAGUGCUCAAGUGACAAUUCUACUUGGAAUUUUGCAAGACUGCAUUUUAUUUGCCUUUGAUGAUGGUUUUGCCCACAUAAAAAUUGUUAAUGCCAUUGAAUAUUGUUGCGGUAAUGAUGGAUGAAAAAAAUGGUAUAUACCCCAUUUGGAAUUAAACCUAUAAUAAAAAAGGAAUGUCACCAGUUAA